AUGAUUUUAAAUAAAGUAGCAAAAUGUUAUGGUAAACAAAUUGGAUUUUUUGGUAAUAAAACCACUCAAUUUAUAAAACCAAAUCAAACUAUUUUUUUAAUUGGUGGAACAAAGAGAUUAUUUACAACUCAACAACAACAAUCACCAAAAAAAGAAGAACCAAAAUCUGAACAACAAAAAAAAGUAGAGGAUAAAACUGAAGAAAAAGAAAAAGAAAAAGAUGAAGAAGAAAAUGAAAAUGAAAAAGAAAAAGAAAAUGAAGAUGGAGAAGGUCAAAAAAAGAAAUCUAAAUUCAAUGUACCACCAAUUGUCACAUCUGUAACCUCAACUUUCUUUGCAGGUGUACUUGUUGCAUCAACAUUUGGUUAUUUAACUUAUAACUUUAAAAAGGAUAUUUCUGAAGAAGAAAGAUAUAGAUUAAAUUCAGUAGAAUCUAAAUUUUAUCAUUCUAUUGCCGAACCAUUUAGAGAAUUUUUUGAUAAUAUUUUUGAAAAUUUAAGAACAAAAUAUGAAUUCUUUGAUAUGUUAUUUGGACCAGGUAAAAUUCAUAAAGUUUUACCACCACCACUUCCAGGUGGUAAAAAAUACACACUCGUAAUUGAUAUCGAUGCUCUUACUGAAAUUACCAAAACUUCUAAAUAUCCAACCCUCUACAAAAGAGCAGGUCUUGAUUUCUUCUUAGAUCAUUUAAGAAAAGAUUAUGAAAUCUAUCUUUAUUUUAAUGGAAAUAUUCCACAAAAUAAAUAUGAACAACUUCAAUUUAAAAUUGAUACAAAUGGUAAAUAUUUCACUGGUUUACUUUAUCCAGAAACUGGUAUUAAAGAAAGAAAUCAAUUUAGUAAAAAGAUUGAAAUGUUAGAUAGAGAUCCAUCAAAGGUUAUCUUUAUUGAUGCCGCAUCACCAUAUGAUCAUCCAAAUGUUAUCAAUAUUGGUAAAUUCAAAUCAAACUCUAAAGAUAAACUUUUAAUUGAAUUAUUACCAGUACUUGAAAGUUUCUCCAGAAAGAAUCUUGAUGAUGUCAGACCUGAAAUCUCUCAAUUCCAAAAUAUUUCAAAACAAUCAUUAACUAAAAAUUUGGAAGAUUAUCUUUCAACUCAUAAUAUUAAUAGUCGUCAAAAAAAAUAA